UUUUGCCGCUCUUGUUGAGACAUCUCUGGUCUCACCAAUCAGUACUGCAAAUCAGUAAGUACGAGUACUGCAAAAUUACUUAUGUUUUGCAUUUCCUCGCAUUGCAAAUCUGCUGUAAUCAGUCCGACGAGUUAAUUUGCAAAAUCAGGUUUCAGUCCUUAUACCUUUCCUGCGCUGAUCUACCGGCUGAUAAUUUUUUAAUCAGUCUGCGGCUUGUUAUUGUUCCGAGUUAUAGUGAAAGUACUUGUCAAAGAUGUCUGCUUCCGAAGGAGCCCAUGCUAAGACAUCCCGAAACCAUGAUGUUGUGGAUCUGAUUUUGGAGGAUCAUGUUCUGACCAAGAAUUUGUACAAAAAGCUGCAGCAAGACGCAGGAUAUGGCGAACACAAAAGGAACCACGAGGUAGAAGACAUCACAAUGGAGGAACUGAAAUGGAGCAUCGCCAAGCAUGCCGUCGCCGAAGAGCUGGUAUUCUACCCAUUGCUGGAGAACCACAUGGGGAGUGAUGGGAAGCGCCUGGCGCGUGAAUCGCGCGACGAUCACGAGAAGACGAAGAAGGCCAUGGACAAGUUGGAUGGGGUCCCGAUGCCCGACUGCCGACCGAAUUUGGAUAUCAUGAUGACGGAGUUGAUUGAGCAUAUGGAAAAGGAAGAGACCCAGGAUCUGGUGGAAGUCCGUAAACAGUUGUCCAAGGAGAAGUUGGUUGAAGCGGCGAAGGAGUUCGAACUGUGCAAGAAGUUUGCGCCGCAGGCCGGAAAAGAAUUGAAACUGCCGUUUGAUACCGCCAACCAGCUGAUGCAGGCUCCCCGUUAUCGACUGGCUCAACUGAUCGAAGAAUUUGGAAAGAAAACCGAUGAGAGUGCUGACGCGGGUGGAACGGAUAAGCGUGACGAUGAGCAGGAGCAGGAAGGCGGUGGUCACUACAACCUUCGCCAGCGCGACAAUCAAGGCCACGCGGUGUGCGAGGAAAAAGAGAAACUGGAUUUGGGGCACGGCGAUGACGAAGGCCCGCAGUUGGCCAGCCACAAGCACGCGGAGAAGAACGGAAGUGGGGCGGAGUCCAACGGAGCCGGGAAAAAAAGCCCAUCAAAGACCGCAUCGCCCAAUCAGAAGCAGGGCGGACAGCGUGCCGGGGACGCCGGUGAAGAGGGCACGGGAAAGCGCAAAGAGGAAGACGACGAGAGUCUGGAGCCCAGCCACAAGAAGCUGGCUAUUCGAGAGGAUAACGAAUCUGGUGGAACGGAAAACGACGCAGAAAUGAAGUAAUCCUCGGACUCUGAUUCAUUACUUGGUAGUAUUGGUUUUUCGCUCAUUUAUCAAAAUAUAGAAUGAUCUUUUUUUGGCUUAAGUUUCCGUGUUGGCUUCCUUUUAUCGGUUCCGAAUUCUGAUUGUUCGCGGAAUCUGGUAUCUCAUUUUUUAUCUCAUUUUAUGACAUAGAAUUGAGUUUUUUUGUAUGGGUUUUGGGCAGUGAUCUGCCGGUGCGAUAUUGCUUUCGUAAAAGAAUGGUGUUUGGAUUGUGUAGUAAGAGGUAAAAUUAAAAAUGCAAAACAUA